AUGACCAAUAAUGGACCAACGAGGGGCCAGGGGAAUUUCCCAAGGGGUUGGUCCAAACAAUUGUGGGACGCAAUGGUGCCCCACAUUGCUCUGAACCCUGGACUUUCUCGGUAUGCCUUGUGGAGAGACUUCCACGAAAAGUAUCCCGACAAAUCACCAGCUACUUACUCUUGUUACCACCAAAGAUUCCGUGACGAUUUUUCCCAAGCAGUGAGCAAGUACCUCAGGGAACGUAGAAACCUUCCGGCAGCCAGAGUGACACUGACGAGGAGGCCAGAGGGUCGCUCCGAGGAGCACCCAGCUUUCUCGAAAGAUGAAUGGGCUGCGGCAGUACGAUGGGUUCUGACCAGGGAGGCCCCGUCAAGCGUGGAUGAAAAUGUGGAGAGUUGGCGAGAAUUUAGCAUGGAGAAUGUCAAGUCCGUUGUUCGAGGUACUCACGUUGAAGGGAUUGCUGGUACCAUCACCCUAACAUACACUGUGGGAAGCUAG